AUGGAGAACUUCCGUAAGGUGCGCUCAGAGGAGGCGUCGGCGGGGGGCGGGACCGAGGGGGGUGGCCCGGGGUCCUGUCCCUUCGCCGACCUGGCGCCGGGAGCUGUGCACAUGCGGGUCAAGGAGGGCAGCAAGAUCCGGAACCUGCUGUCCUUCGCAACCGCCAGCAUGGCGCAGCCAGCCACGCGCGCUAUCGUCUUUAGCGGCUGCGGUCGGGCCACCACCAAGACCGUCACAUGCGCCGAGAUCCUCAAGCGCCGCCUGGCGGGCCUACACCAGGUCACGCGGCUGCGCUACCGGAGCGUGCGCGAGGUGUGGCAGAGCCUCCCACCCGGGCCCACGGCGGGUAAUCCACCAGGAGAUCCUCCCGCCAGUCUCAGUGUGCUCAAGAAUGUGCCUGGCCUCGCCAUCCUACUUUCCAAGGACGCGCUGGAUCCUCGCCAACUUGGUUACCAGCCUCCGGACCCUCAUCCCGGUCCCUCGUCCGCGUCAGCCACGCCUACGCCCAAGAGGAGCCUAGGGGAGCCUACAACUGGAGAAGGUUCCGCGAAGCGGUCACAACCCGAGCGAGGAUCUCCAGACGAGGACCGGACAGCCUGA